GAAACCAAGUAUUCAAAAUAGUAUCUUAUUGAUUUCAAAACUCAACAGUGGCAGGCGGGCGGCCAACAGAGCGGUCUUCUCCCCCCCUUCUCGCUUUCGCUCUCUCUCUCUCUCUCUCUCUAAAUGGUUUUGGUUGUUAAGAUCGAUUAAGAAUUUCUUCUUCCCCUAUAAAUACUGAAAGCAACGCACAAACAACUCCCUCUCCGUUGGCUCAGUUGAAGAAAUAGUACUUCUAUGACAAUACCGUGAAGGCAAAGGGAAAAUUGAAACGCUCCGGUCCCAGCUCUCUCCCUCUCGCUCGCCUUUUAGAGACUCAGUAACAGAGUACGCUGGGCGUGAAGAACUUUCUUUGACUCCCCUCCCUCAGAUUCCAUGUAUUCAGUCCCUUUCUUUCGGAGGAAGAACUCUAAAAAUCAGGAUAUUGAUUCCUUACACGAUGCAAAGGUCAAUGAACUCAGAGCUGCUCUUGGACCUCCAUCUGGGCGAAGCUUGCAGUACUGCACUGAUGCAUGCCUAAGGAGAUAUUUGGAAGCUCGAAAUUGGAAUGUUGAGAAAGCAAAGAAAAUGUUGGAGGAGACCCUCCAAUGGAGGUCUACCUAUAAACCAGAGCAAAUCUGUUGGCAUGAAGUAGCAGAAGUAGGUAAGAAUGGCCUAAUUUCAAGAGCAGAUUUUCAUGAUCGAUUUGGGAGGAUUGUCCUUAUCAUGAGGCCAGGAAUGCAGAAAACAAUUGCAGGAGAAGGUAAUCUUCGUCAUCUCGUAUACCUUGUGGAGAAUGCUAUACUUAGCCUUCCAGAAGGCCAAGAACAAAUGACAUGGUUGAUAGACUUUACUGGAUGGUCACUGAACACCAAUGUCCCUAUUAAAGUAGCCCGAGAUAUCAUUUACGUUCUGCAAAAUCACUACCCUGAGAGACUCGCUUUAAUUGCCCUUUAUGAUCCACCAAGAAUUUUUCAGGCAUUUUGGAAGGUUGUGAGUUACUUCGUCGAUGCUAAAUCGUUUCAUAAGGUACAAUUCCUUUACCCAAUGCGGAAAGAAAGUGAGGAGAUCAUGAAGUCGUAUUUUGAUGCUGAAAACCUUCCAACAGAGUUUGGGGGGAAAAAGAGCUUGAAAUAUGAUCAUGAAGAAUUUUCAAAAUUGAUGACACAGGAAGAUGAGAAAACUGCUAAGUUUUGGGGAUUUGAUUACCAACCGAGCAACCAUGUUUCCAAGCUACACUUACGAGAAGAGGUGGUUCCAGAACCACUAGUUGAAUAAUUUAAAGGAGUACAAGUGUUAGAAUAUAUAUAUAUAUAUAUAUAUAUAUAUAUAUAAUAAAUAAAAUCGUGAUCUUGAGAUUGUGAUUUGAUUGUAAUUAGGAUGAUUUUCUUCUAUAGUUAAUUAGUAUGAUUUCAUUCCAUAAUUAGGCUACCUCUCCUAUAUAAAUAGAGGGCUCAUUGUAAGGUUUUAUAUAUCGAAUUCAAUAAAACUGUUGGAGAAAA